AUGUCAAACAAUGAUCUGGAAAAACAAAUUCAAGAAUUAAAUACUAAAAUUGCUGAAUUGGCCCUUAUUGUUUCUUUGAAAACAAAGGAAAUGGAUACUAUAGAGCAACGAUACACGGAUCGCAUACGUAUACUAAAUGAAUACCUAGCCACAGUGCGAGCCGGACUUAAUAUUGAGAGUCAAGAAGGGCACAUCGAUGAUACAACUUUCAUAGAUAAGCUACGAUCGAUGAGCCACAACGAUGAUAUUAAGGAUUAUGUGCUGGUACCGACGAAACCUUUGCAAAUGAACUCUAUGAAGAAUCCAAAAAAUGAGACGAAAACAAAGACUGAAUCAGAGGUGGCUCAGAACACUCAACAUAAAAAGGCCUACAAUAUUGCAGUCAACGAACCUACCUACAACCGAAAAAAGAAAAUAUCAUGUUCUUACUGCAAUGAAAAAGGCCAUAAGCGUUCCCAAUGUCCUAAAAUCCUCUACCAUGAGGCUUAA